AUGUCCCGUCACGUCAGUCAUGGAGACGGUGAAGCAGAAGAACCGCUGCUGGAUGAUGUGGAGACCAAUCUGGACUCUGAUGAUGGUGAUGUUAUUUUUGACAGAACAAUGAGAGUGGAGGAAGGUGGAAAGAAAAGAAUGAACUUUGAAGAAGCAGUGCAACAAGCAGGUUUUGGCCUGUUCCACUGGCUACUGCUGCUUGUGUGCGGUUGGGCCAAUGCCAGCGACGCAGUGGAGAUCCUGUGUGUGUCGUUUCUGCUGCCGACGGCUCGCUGCGACCUGCACCUCUCCUCCGCAGACAUGGGCGUCCUCACAGCCAGCAUCUUCCUGGGGAUGAUGGUGGGAGGCUAUGCCUGGGGCUACCUGGCGGACCAGAGGGGGCGCUGUCGAGUGCUGGUCGUGUCCCUCGCUGUGAACGGAGUGUUUGGAGCACUGUCCUCCAUGGCUCCAGGGUUCUGGCUGUUCCUUCUGCUACGGUUCAUCAGUGGCAUCGGUGUUGGCGGGUCCGUUCCUGUUAUUUUCUCAUAUUUCUCAGAGUUUAUGCCCCGCUUGAGACGAGGGGCUAUGAUCAGCGCUUUGGCCACGUUUUGGAUGGCUGGAAACAUACUGGCAGCAGGUCUGGCCUGGUUGGUGAUCCCUAGACGCUGGGCUCGUUUGGAGAGCUGGAGGGUGUUUGUGGUCCUCUGCUCUGUCCCCAGUCUCAGCUCAGCUCUCAUCUUCAAAGCCCUGAUGCCUGAAAGCCCUAAGUUUCUCAUGGAGGCCGGACAGGAGAAGGAGGCGGCUCGUGUGUUUCAACUUGUGGUCAGGGUGAAUACACGGGGAAAAGGAAAUGGCAAGGAGUUUGCUCUGUGUGUCUCAUCCAUACGUGACAGCAGCUCUAAAAUGUUACAGAAGGAGAAAUUUGGCAGUGUUUUCAAAAAGUUCCUGUCACCAGUCAGAGAGAUAUUUAAAAGCACAUUAGCAACACGGAGCACAGCAUUACUCAUCAUUUUCUACUGCAUCUCCUUUGGAUAUUACGGCCUGUGGAUGUGGUUCCCGGAGCUGUUCAAGCGGCUGGAGGACGGGGGCUCGCCUUGUACCAACGUGUCCAGAGUGUAUGCCAUCAACAACCAGAGCUGCUACCCUGUGAAGACUGCAGUUUACAUGGAGGGUUUCUUCAUCGCGGCAUCAAAUCUACCUGGAAACAUCUUCACUAUUCUGAUGAUGGACAACAUCGGAGGAAAGGCUCUUCUAUGCUGCAGUCUACUCCUGUCCAGUCUCAGUGUGUUCCUCAUUUACCUGGUGAAGACCAAAAGCCACAGUCUGCUCCUGUCCUGUGUCUUCAGCGGAGUCUCUGUCAUGGUCUGGAACGCUCUGGACGUGGUGGGCACUGAGCUCUACCCCACACACCUGCGCUCCUCAGCUCUGGGUUUUUUUACUGGAGUGGGUCGAGUGGCAGCAAUCAUGGGGAACAUGGUCUUUGGAGGUCUGGUGGACACGGACUGCGCCGUCCCCAUUCUUCUGGUGUCUGGACUCUUGCUGACCGGAGGCAUCGCAGCCCUAUGGCUGCCACAGACCAAACGCACUGAGCUCACAUGA